ACUUUACCUUGCCGUGGUCUUCGGGGGACGUCGUCGGAUCCGCCAUUUUGGAAGUCCUUGAUAUCGUCGGUGCGUUCGCGGUCCUGGCUAAAUUGAAAUGCAUUCAAUUUCAAGACGACCUUCUACGGUAUCAAACAAAGUACGAGUUCCGUUGGCAAAAGUCCUCAAAUGAGGCAGCCUUGGAUGCAGUAAUUGGUUUUAGCCACACGGUUUCGCUGUUUCUCCCUUGGCUUGCCUCUCAGCAAACUGGCCUUCACUGAAAGCACCUGCAUCAACCCUAACAGUCACCACCACAAUCCUCUCCCUGUUUGUGCCCCACCCCGUGUUCUUACUAAGAACAUUGCUGCCAUGCACAGGAAGUUACUCUUCUGCUUUUCUGCUGGUGCGGUUUCUGUCUUUUCUGCGUUUCAGUGUGUUUCGCCUUCCGUUCAGACAACACACUGAGAGAUCUUCUCGAGGUGCCGUUUUUCCGCUUUUGAUCUCCGCGCCAUGACGUCCCUGUCUCCACGAGGCCUCGUCUAGGCCUACACUCUUCUGCUCUGGUAUGCACUGAUUUUUCUGAAGAAAACGUUAGUACACGGCUUCCUGCUGGAUUACUUGUGGAGAUUAGUGAUGGGGAAUGCCGGGGGCUCGGAGCAGGAGGCGUCCGCUGAAGGCCGUGAGUCCAGGAGCUCGGUGGGCACAUCGGCCAUCAUGAGCGAACCCGGCGCUCCGACGUUGCCCAAGAAGCAGUCGGCUCCCCCGAAGCUGCCCUUGCCUGCUGAAGACGAGCUGGAGGAACGCUUCAAAGUCGUGCUGAGCUAUAUGAACCUGCCACCUGACAAACUGCAGCUGUUGAAUCAAUACGACAACGACAAGAAAUGGGAACUUGUGUGUGACCAGGAGCGCUUCCAGGUGAAAAGCCCUCCAUCCACAUACCCGGCCAAGAUCAAGAGCUUCUACCAGGAUCAAGUAGUAGUUGCUCGAAGGAAGAAAAGAAUCCAAGAAGCCACCAAAGUCCUCAAAGAUUUGGAAAUAUCCCUACGCACCAACCACAUUGGCUGGGCUCAAGAGUUCCUCAACGAGCAGAAUAAAGGUCUAGACGUGCUUGUGGAAUAUCUGUCUCAGGCCCAGGGUGAUGCAUCUUUUGACGCGGAAAGCAGUGAGAAUGGCGCCACGUUGGGCGAGAAGUCCAAGCCUGUCAAUGGGAGGUCCAUCGAGGACUUGACCAAGGCCGGCGGGGGUGGCAGCGGAGGCUCGCACUCGCACGGAAUGGGCCGAGCAGCACGAGCGCUCACCGUCAGGAUCAGUUCCACGCUGGGAAACAAGAUGAAGAAGACUCAUUCGCCAAGUCACAGAGAUGAUGUGCACGUGUGUAUCAUGUGCUUGAGGGCCAUCAUGAACUACCAGUCCGGUUUCAACCUGGUGAUGACACACCCGCGCUGUGUCAAUGAAAUCACGCUCAGUCUCAACAGCAGGAAUCCCAGGACCAAGGCCCUGGUGUUGGAGCUUUUGGCCGCCGUCUGUCUGGUCAGAGGAGGACAUGACAUUAUACUGUUGGCCUUCGACAACUUCAGAGAGGUGAGCAAGGAGAGGAACCGUUUUGAAAAGCUAAUGGAGUAUUUCAUCAACGAUGACUGCAACAUUGAUUUCAUGGUGGCCUGCAUGCAGUUCAUCAACAUUGUGGUCCAUUCUGUGGAGAACAUGAACUUCCGUGUGCAUCUGCAGUACGAAUUCACUAGAUUGGGCUUGGACAAGUAUUUGGAGAGUUUGAAACAAACGGAGAGCGAGAAGCUUAAGGUGCAGAUCCAGGCUUACCUGGACAAUGUGCUGGAUGUGGGGGCUCUGCUGGAGGACGCCGAGAGCCGAAGCGGCGUUCUGGAGCAUGUGGACAAGCUACAGGAACUCAACCUUCAGCUCAAUGCUAAGAUACUCGAGAUUGAGUCUCAGAGCGCAGACAAGAUUUCCGAGAUGGAGACUCAACUCAUGCAGGCGACCAAAGAAACUGAAUUGCUUAAGGAAAGCCUUAGAGACUCUUGCUCUCAAGUGAGCGCUUUGAAGCAGAGAGAGCGGGAGAAGGAGCUGGACUGGGAACGGGAGAAGCAGAGAGAGCAUCUGACUGUGACGACUCAGGCGCCUUCUGAGCUCGAACUGAAGAUCAUGGAGUUGCAGGAGAAAGGUCUGAUCUGCUUAACCAGGAGCCCCUCAGGAGCUUUGGACAUCACUGUUGUGCCCAUCACCGUGACUGAUAACGCCUCAGUACCAGCGCCUCAGUCGGAUGGCGAUAAUACUUCCUCGACUCCAGUCGGUCCUUCGGGGCCUGCUGCUCCAGAUCCUGCUCCUGCUUCUCCUUCUGCUCCACCUCCUCCUCCACCACCCCCUCCCGCUCUUUCUGCACCUCCUCCUCCACCACCACCUCCUCCUCUCCCAUCUCCUGCUACUUCGAGAGAAGAUUCAUCACCUCCUAUACCUGCUGUCAAAAAAGUGCAACUACCAACUACUCCAUCUUCCUCUCGAGGAGGCCAACCGCCACCUCCACCACCUCCACCUCCUCCAUUUGGUGCCACAAAAGGGGCCCCCCCUCCGCCGCCUCCCCCACCUCCUCUGUCCAAUGCCGCAGCAGGGCCUCCACCUCCUCCGCCUCCACCUGGUCCUUUAUCUUCAUCCCCUCCUGGAGCAUCUAACGUUUUGUCUGGUUUGAAAACUAAGAAGCCGAUCCAGACAAAGUUUAGGAUGCCUUUGUUAAACUGGCAGCCUCUAAAACCCAAUCAGGUGAAGGGAACCAUAUUCCACGAGCUAGAUGAUGACCAAAUUUUGGGGGAGCUGAACAUGGACAUUUUUGAAGAACAGUUCAAGACCAAAGCGCAGGGUAACCCGGCUGAUCUGACCAAGGGGAAAAAGAAAUUAGGGCCCAAGGUUUCCAACAAGACAUCUUUGAUUGACCCUAACAAGGCCAAGAAUUUGGCCAUCACGUUGCGCAAAGCGGGGAUGACUCCUACUGAGAUCUGCACUGCCCUCGAGACGUACGACCAGCAAUCCUUGUCUGUUGACUUCCUGGAGCUGCUGGAGCACUUCAUACCCUCGGACUUUGAGCGGAAACUGCUGAUCAACUACGAGGAGGAAGGACGACCACUGGAUAACCUGACUGACGAAGACCGCUUCAUUCUGCGCUUCGGCAAGAUCACUCGCCUUAGCCAGCGGAUUAAUACGCUCAUCUUUAUGGGGAACUUCCCCGACAGCAUCAAGCGGCUGCAGCCGCAAAUCAACGCCAUCAUAUCUGCGUCCAUGUCCAUCAAAUCUUCAGACAAACUGAAGAAAAUCUUAGAGAUCGUUUUGGCAUUUGGCAACUACAUGAACAGUAGCAAGAGGGGGACAGCUUAUGGAUUUAGACUGCAGAGUCUGGACCUUCUACUCGAGACAAAGUCCACAGACCGAACGCAGACUCUCCUCCAUUUCAUUACCAACAUUGUUUACGAGAAGUAUCCCGACUUGGUCAACUUCCAUACGGAGCUCCACUUUGUGGAAAAGGCAGCACUCGGUCAGCACUUACUCAAACUUGCGUCUUUUGAUUCAUAUGAAAGCACCUCUUUAAAAGCUCCUGUCCUUUUACCAGUGUCCUUGGACAGCAUUCUGCAGGACAUCCGCUUCCUGGAGCGAGGGAUGACAAUGACCAAGAAGGAGUUUGUUGUACAGAACGACAGUCUCGUCUUGAGGGAGUUUCUCCAAAACAGCAUCGAGCUUUUGGAGGCUCUGGUGAAAGACAGCAAGACUGCACAGGAGGCUUACUGCUCGGUGGUGGAGUAUUUCGGCGAGAACCCCAAAACCACUCAGCCAUCCAUGUUCUUCCCUCUCUUCGCACGUUUCAUCAAAGCCUAUAGAAAAGCCGAGCAAGAGAAUGAGCUGAAGAAGAAAAUGGAGCUGGAGAUGAGCGAGGCCAAAGAGAGUUCCUCAUCCAAAGCUGCAGGCCCUAAAGGUACCCAGAUGCCCAAGAUGGACUUCCUUGCUGAGUUGAAGAGGAAGCAGGUGCAACCUCAGGUCCGUGAGGGAAAAGACGGAGCUUUGGAGGACAUCAUCACAGAUCUAAGGAACACGCCGUACCGCCGCACGGACGGUCGCCGGUCAGCGCCGCGUCCGGACACCUAAAAGGAAAACAAUCUGGAGCCUUGAAAGUGGAUUGCCACUUACCUUACCUUUGCUUGUUGAUAUUUUCACAGGAAGUUGCCUUGUACUGUAAAUACUACCAUACACUCAAGGUGUAUUUGAAUCUAAAUUGGUUUGAAUCUCUGGACAUUUUCAGAUGUAUGUUUGCUUUGUUCUUUAUCAAAUAAACAAAAAUACACUUUUUUUAAAAAAACAAUUUUUAAAAUGGGUUGUGCAAAACCAUUGGAACAAGCAUGUGCUAUGCAGGCUGAAGGCUACCCUUUACUUGUAAAUUUCAAACUUACAGAAGGCUGCCUUCUUACUGGCUAACUCCUAACUUGAAUCGAUCAGCUGAUACAGCUGGGGGAUACAUUAGGUCUGGUCACUGUUACCCGUUUUAAUUGUGAUUAAGCGCAUUCUGUGUUAUAACAAAUUCAUAAGUAGUAAUUGGUACACUUAUAUUUCAAAUGACUACCAUAUUAACAAAAUAAUUAGGGGUGCACGAUAUUCCUUUUUUGAAACCGAUACCGAUAUCGAUAACUUAUACUGAUACGAUAACCGAUAAUAUAUAUACUGUAUAUAAUUUUUCAAUGUAAAUUCACCUGAGUUUUUGAACACCUGUAGGUACAAAAUACUAGUGGAUUCAGCAUAGAUUUGCCUUUGACCUAACCAGAAUUUCAUGACAUGAACAUUAUUAUAAUGAACAAAACAAAGACAAGAAGAGUUUUGACUUCAAAUAAAGUGCCCAUAUCAAUUUUUUCAAAUAACUAUAAUUUGAGUCAAUCACAAUCAAUCAGUCAAUAUCAUUGACGAUGUGUGCCUCUGAACAAUAAGCACAGAACUAAAACAAACAUACCCCAACAGGUAUUGUGCUUUGUCAGCAGAUAAAACGUUUGGUGCAACAGGAGAGGAGACUUUUGUCGCCUUGGUCCAUGAAAAAACUUUCUUAACCUGGCAAUUAUAGGACAGCAAGCCUAUCAAUAACCAAAAGGCCUCUUAAUAACUUAAGGGUAACCAUAACACUGUAAAAUGCAAACAUUUGCUUAUUGCCAUAGUAAGGUUCAUCACUCGGUGAUGGAAAAAUAAGGCCUGUAGAACAGUAAUAACACUUUGCAUACUGGCAAAACAGAAGUGGAAACAAACGUACACAUCCCAGUCCACCGUGUCAUAAUUAAUAUUAACAGGCCCGAUAAUAAAUAAUAAUAUUGGAUUUAUUGGGAUGACGUCAUAAUUCCUAUUAUCGGACCGAUUAUUAUCAUGCAUCUCUAGAAAUAAUCUAAAUUACAUACUUUAUUCUCACAAUAAUUUGAUUUUAAUCUCGUAAUGUUAUGACUUUAUUCUGGUAGUCCAAUUUUUUCUUUGUCCAUAAAGUGCAUGUGACACCAUAAAACAAUCUUAAAUAGCAUUAUUAUUGAAAGGAAAAUCGUAUUUUGAGACGAUUUCACUAUAUACAACAAUUUGGCAAAGCGCAGAUGACGAGAAAUUAGUCUUUUAAUCUGCCAUUUAGCCUCGCCUAUCAUUAUAGAGCGCUGACGCCUCCAUCUGGGCAAUGACGUCCGCGGAGUAGUGAUUUCAGAAUUCAGCCCAAUGGAGGAGGAAGCGUUAAUCAGCGGUUCUGGUUCAAGUGUGGGUGGUUUGAGUUGUAUUUGGAGGAGGAGGAAGAUUCAAAAUGAGAAAAAGGCUGAUGACUAGAGCAUACUGUAAAAUGUCAUCAUUGUUUUUUUUCUCUACUCCAAUAGUUUUACAGGAUAUUCUUUGUAUUUA